UAUUCUUCCCUGGACCAGCCAUAAGAACAGCAUCAGUCUACAGUCAUUUAUAAACAGCGUGAAACUGACUAUUUAGUGAUGUAUUUAUUUAUUCUGGCAGCCGUUUUUGUGUUCGUACAGACGGACGUUGAAGCUUGGAGCCCUAGUGUCAAGUAUGCAGUGAACUGCCCGGAGCGAUGUAACGUGGACUUGUGCGGUGGUACGCAACGCUGCAGGCGUACGGUCCUGGAUGACUGCGGAUGCUGCCAGGUUUGUACGGCUGGACGAGGGGAACACUGUUACCGGACCGUGUCCGGGAUGCAUGGGGUGAAGUGUGGACCGGGGCUCUUUUGUGACUUCUACAAAGAUGAAGACGACUACGGAGAUGAAUAUGGCAUUUGUAAAGAUUGUCCAUACGGGACGUAUGGUGUAGAAUGCAGGAAAACAUGCAAGUGUAAGUCAGGAGGAAUCUGUGACAGAGAAACAGGCGUUUGUCUCACUUUCAAAUUCUUCCCCAAAAUGGCCAGCAAACUUAUACCUCAGCCAAAUCAAGGUAAUGAGAUGGGCUCUGGGGACACUGGCAGUUCCAACAGGGAUGGAUCCACAGCUCCAAAAUGGCUGAACCCUCGCUGACACCUGUUCUCUACCACUUAGCGUAUUCAGUACAAAUGUAGCAUAGUA